GCUGCCAAGAGACCAGUGCUGGAAGGCAAGGUUAUUUCUAACUGAGCAGAGCCUGCCAGGAAGAAAGCAUUUGCGCCCAGCACCAUGGCGCAGGUGUGACAGGUGAGCUCACAGCUGCCCCCCAGGCAUGCCCAGCCCACUUAAUCAUUCACAGCUUGGCCUCCCUCCCGCCCAGCCCAGCUCUGGAGGGGAUAAAAGGGGGCAUUGCUACUCCAAGUAACAGAGCCGCUUUCCGCGUCCUGCCGUGCUCUGUUCUCUCCAGCACCUCCCAACCCACUAGUGCCAGUUCUUUUGCUCUCCCAGGAGCAAGCCACCAUGUCUCGUCAGUCAAGUGUGUCCUACCGGAGUGGGGGUGCCCGCUCCUUCAGCGCCGCUUCUGCCAUCACCCCGUCCGUCUCGCGCACCAGUUUUACCUCUGUGUCCCGGUCUGGGGGUGGCGGCGGUGGCUUCGGCAGGCUCAGCCUUGCGGGUGCUGGUGGAGCAAGCGGCUAUGGCAGCCGGAGCCUCUACAACCUGGGGGGCUCCAAGAGGAUCUCCAUCAGCUCCAGCGGCGGCAGCUUCAGGAACCGAUUUGGUGCUGGAGGCGGCUAUGGCUUUGGAGGUGGAGCCGGGAGCGGAUUCGGUUUUGGCGGUGGAGCUGGCAGUGGCUUUGGGCUUGGUGGUGGAGCUGGCUUUGGAGGUGGCUUUGGUGGCCCUGGCGGUGGCUUUGGUGGCCCUGGCUUCCCCGUCUGCCCCCCCGGAGGCAUCCAAGAAGUCACAGUCAACCAGAGUCUCCUGACUCCCCUCAACCUGCAAAUUGACCCCUCCAUCCAGCGGGUGAGGACUGAGGAGCGUGAGCAGAUCAAGACCCUCAACAACAAGUUCGCCUCCUUUAUUGACAAGGUGCGGUUCCUAGAGCAGCAGAACAAGGUCCUGGACACCAAGUGGACCCUGCUACAGGAGCAGGGCACCAAGACCGUGAGGCAGAGCCUGGAUCCUCUGUUUGAGCAGUACAUCAACAACCUCAGGAGGCAGCUGGACGGCAUCGUUGGGGAGAGAGGCCGCCUGGACUCAGAACUGAGGAACAUGCAGGACCUGGUAGAGGACUUCAAGAACAAGUAUGAAGAUGAAAUCAACAAGCGCACCACUGCCGAGAAUGAGUUUGUGAUGCUUAAGAAGGACGUGGAUGCUGCCUACAUGAACAAGGUGGAGCUGGAGGCCAGGGUGGAUGCAAUGAUGGAUGAGAUCAACUUCAUGAAGAUGUUCUUUGAUGCGGAGCUGUCCCAGAUGCAAACGCAUGUCUCUGACACAUCCGUGGUCCUCUCCAUGGACAACAACCGCAACCUGGACCUGGACAGCAUCAUAGCUGAGGUCAAGGCCCAAUAUGAGGAGAUCGCCAACCGCAGCCGGACUGAGGCCGAGUCCUGGUACCAGACCAAGUAUGAGGAGCUGCAGCAGACAGCUGGCCGGCACGGUGAUGACCUGCGCAACACCAAGCACGAGAUCUCUGAGAUGAACCGCAUGAUGCAGAGACUGAGAUCUGAGAUCGACAAUGUCAAGAAGCAGUGUGCCAACCUGCAGAACGCCAUUGCUGAUGCUGAGCAGCGUGGGGAGCUGGCCCUCAAGGACGCCAGGAAUAAGCUGGCUGAGCUGGAGGACGCCCUGCAGAAGGCCAAGCAGGACAUGGCCCGGCUGCUGCGCGAAUACCAGGAGCUCAUGAACACCAAGCUGGCCCUGGACGUGGAGAUCGCCACCUACCGCAAGCUGCUGGAGGGCGAGGAGUGCAGACUGAGCGGAGAAGGAGUCGGACCAGUCAACAUCUCUGUCGUCACAAGCAAUGUCUCCUCUGGCUACGGCGGUGGCAGUGGCUUUGGCGGUGGCCUUGGCGGUGGCCUGGGCAGUGGCCUCGGUGGAGGUCUCGGGGGAGGUAGUGGUGGAAGCUACUACUCCAGCAGCAGUGGGGGCGUCGGGGGAGGGCUCAGUGUAGGGGGCUCUGGGUUCAGUGCAGGCAGUGGCCGAAGCCUGGGGGUGGGCUUUGGCAGUGGCGGGGGCAGCAGCUCCAGCGUCAAGUUUGUCUCCACCACUUCCUCCUCCCGGAGGAGCUUCAAGAGCUAAGAACCUGCUGCAAGACUCUGCCUCCCAAGUGCAGCCACCGGCCCAUGGACACUGCCUCUUCUAGACAGUUAUCCUGGCUAAGUUUUCCCUUUUUCUGGAGAGUAGUCUAAAUCAAAUCUAUUGCAGAACCACAUUCUUUGAUUCCUGGAAGGGUCCAAUUUCCAGUCUCUGGUUUUCUGCUUCAAAUCACCCUUUCGGUCCCCCCAGCAUGGUCCUCUAUGAUGCAGGAAUCCAAAGUUUUCUAGUAUCUAAAACCAUCAAAACAGAAUCCCCACCCCAAUCCUAAAUUUUGUUCUGGUUCUAACUUCCUCCAGAGUGUGUUCAAUAAAAUACUUUUAUAAUAGAA